AUGGAGAAGGAGGAUAGUUCUCAUCACAGAGCAGAAUCUAGCGACAGGAGGAAGAUGAUGCUGUCUAAGGCCACAUGUUUCCUUCAUGAAGUAGAGGAAGCGAAGGCAAGGCGCGAGGAGCUCUCUGCCAGAUCAUUGAAGUUGCAACAAGACCUCUCUGCUGUGAGAAAGAAGACAGAGUCCGUUCAGAAAGAGAUUUCUCAAGCUAAACUAAAGCUUGCUUUCUUGGGAAAGACUGAGUUGCUGGAUGCUGGAGAAGACGUGUACACAUCUUUCUUGCUGACGUACGAUAAGAUAUCCUCGCUCACCAAUGCUAAGGUCUACUUGGAUGCUGUGGAGGCAUUACAUUCCAACUCCCAAGAGGUCAAGUGCACUGGCGUAUGA